CUUCUCUAUCAUGACCUGAUACUGAGUUCCAGGAAUCGAGAGAGAAAAAGGACGGAGACAGAGAGGCAGAGAGUCCAUCAGUCUGAUAUUGCAAACCAAAUGGAAAAAUAAAAUUGAUUUGGGAGGAUCUAAUUUCAUAAACGUCAGACCACGCCCAUGUGACAGCGCACAGAAUAUGGCGGCUGAAAAUUUUGCUGAAUUCUUGAACAAACUCAAGGAAAUGCAUGAGAAGGAAGUCCAAGGCCUGCAGGCAAAACUGAAUGAGCUAACCAAUGAGAAAUGUCGAGACACCCAGCGAAUAGAAGAGCUCUUUGCCAAAAACCACCAAUUACGAGAACAGCAGAAAGUCCUUAAAGACAAUGUGAAGGUGUUGGAAAACAGGUUGCGAGCUGGACUCUGUGACAGAUGCCAAGUGACUCAAGAGCUUGCCAAGAAGAAGCAGCAUGAGUUUGGGAAGGCCCAUUUCCAGAGCCUCCAACACCUUUUCAUCCUCACUAAUGAAAUGAAUAAGAUGAGAGAAGAGAACAAGAGUCUGAAAGAAGAACUGAGGAAAUUCUGCAGCAUGGAGGACAGGUCAAAGCCCCCAAGGAUGUUAUCCAGAGAUGGGAGCUCCACCCCAGACUCACCUUUGCCCUUGCUCUCCCCAAGGAACAGAAAAUCCAGCCCUGAGAAAACGGCUGGUCACAAAUCAGAAGACACACCAUUCAGACAGAGAAGCUCUCCAGAUACCAGGAUCUCUCCUAAUGUGAUUUUCCAGGGAGAACAUGUUUCAGAGAUGACUUCUCAGAAGAUCGCAAACCAGCUGCACGGAACCAUUGCUUUUUUAAGGCCCGGCUCAAGGUCCAGCUCUCAGGAAAGAGACUGCACAGGAAAUGUGAGCCCGCCCCCUGUGAGCAAAACUCCGCCCUCCCUUCAACCUGCUCGAAGUCCCAGCUUGGAGGUUUAUUCAAGAGCAAGCAAAACGGAACACCAUGAAAUUGCAUCAUCUUACGAAAUGCUGAAGCUCGCUGCCCGGAAGGAGCAGCUCUGCCUCCUCAAUCAGCACUUUGCCCUCCGCCAUCUUGGUCUCCGGAAAAACUCUGGAAGCAGAGAUGGCAUUUUCCCUCACCACUUGUUAACAGCCAGGGAAAUGGGAGGCAAAACACGGUCACAGGAUGAGUGGGAAGACCAGGCCUCCAUCUUGGAUCUCCCAGGGGCCAUGGUAUACAUGAAGGACCACCAUUUGGAGAACAGACUCCCGUUUCUUAAUCACCAAGAGAAACUCCAGUAUUUACUGGUGCAACAGCAAGAACUGAAGGACAAAAUGGAGGUCUGCUUAAACCCCUCCCAAGUCAGAUCCCCCUCUCCAUCGCUGACAGCCGACAGGGAGUGCAAAAAGGAAAGGCUGCGCUGGGAAGAUCCUGCCGAGGGGGCAAGAGAGAAAUGGAUCUUGAUUAACAGGGAAGAUCUGGAGCAAACCACAAAGGCAGAGACCAUGAGGGAGUACCUCACAGAAGUACCACUAGACCUGUCAGACUAUGGAAGAGGAAGGGAGACUCUGAAGGUGGCUAAAUGGCAGCAGCUGCCCGUGAAACAUGAGGCUGAGAGUCCCAGUCGAGAGCUGAGGGAGGGCCCACUUCUCCAGAAAACUUCCUGUUCCAGCCAGCUCUCUGUAGCUAGACACCUCCAUGCGAGCAAAGAGUCAGAGAAGCUCCUUAUCAAACCCCAAGAGGACACCGCAGCAUCAUUAACCUCGUCAGUACAAGAACUUCCCAUUUCCAAGACAACCUCAAGUGAUACAGCUGCUGGCCUACAGACAAAAAUGCUUUUGGGCACAGAGAAGCAAGAUUCAGACCGACCAGACGAUGCCGAUUUGGAGUCAGUGAAGGAGGAGUCUGAAGAACCCAACACGUCUGACAGUGAGGUGACCGGCACUGGCGAUGAUGAAAGCUUCCAAGGCUCUUCCAUGAAAGAAAAAUAUCGCUAUAUAAAGGAGAACAACCAGGCAUUGCCGAAGAAGCGGAAACGGGGACAGGAUUCGGGGCAAAAAGCCUGCAAGAAAUCGGGAAGAGGCAGAAGGAACGGCAAAGCUUCGCAGCAUCCAGACAAUGUGCAGGAAGUGAUACAGGAAAACAACAGCCAGAGUCCGGCCUCCAGUCACAAUGUUGCCACUGGAGAAACAUAGCUGGAACUGGCUUUCUUGGCGCAGCCGUUGCCAGGCCUUUCGGACAUGGAUACAAAGUCCUUCAGUAAUUGCAAGAUGGCUUUUGACAUCAAGAAGGAUUUCCACCAUGCAUACAACUAUCAGGCACCAUUGGUCCAAACCUUGGCCUUCAUGAGGACUAGUAACUCACCAAUAAUCAAAGUACUUGGAAGAUCUUUGAAUCCAUUCUUGUAUAAGUUCUGUAUUUUCAAGGUGUUAGUCAUAGAAUGGUCCACUGGGUUGGUUCUACUCCCUCACUCCAUGAUUCUGCUUGUUCAGCUGCAGAUUCUGCCUGUCCAAUUGUAUUUUAAUAACAACGUGACAGUACAUCUUAUCUGAUGCAUAGCAGUUGAGUAGAUCUCUCAAAGCAUAGAUUUUCCCCCAAACGUGAACAUCCAUCAUGACCUGAGAUUUGUACAGAGAGAUAGCUAUACGUUACAUUUCUAUAAAUAAAUGGGACCUGCAAAAUGAAGUUAUCAAUGGCUGUAUGACCAAGAGUGA